AUGAUUUUUUUUAGUUUUGGUGGAUCUUCUCCCGUCCAAGGUAAACUCGUUCCACAUUGUAGCACCAAACAAAAAAUUCACGACAACGAUGAAGAGAAUAUUGAGGAACGGGACUUUGGCUUUGCAUGCACCGAAGUCCAAGAAAUGCAUAUAUUUGCCGAUGAGAUAUUUGAAAAUGGAAAAAUACGACCAAUACUCAAUAGUUCGGACCAAUCUCUUCUCUUCUUUCCCAACCCAAAUAAUGAUGCCUCGUAUAUUAGUCCACCGAUAAAGAAGAAUUUUAUUGAGAAUUCCAUAAAACCAUUCUCAAGAUCAGGUGGUAUUCCAAAUGAACUUCAAAAUGAUCCGUUACAAAAUAUGACACUGGUUGAGAUCAAUGCUUCGAGUGAGUGUUAUACAAAAAGCAACUCAACAGGGACAUCAAAUUUGUGGAGAUUUCGACAAAACUUGAAUCUUCGAAGUUACAGUGACCAUAAGGAUUCUUUUGUUUUAAUGAAUCCUUCGGUUCCAAAAAAAUCCAACAAGUCAAAGGUAGAAAACAUAACCGUUAAAAAGAGGAAGGAUGAGAAACGCAAAAGUGAAUUAUCGGCUUAUGAGAAGAUUUAUGUGACUAAUAAAACAAGGAAAGAGACCAACAAACGAAAAUCAUUUUUGCCGUACAAACACCAAUUAUUCGGGCUAUUUACCAACAAGAAUGGAUUGAGUAGGAAUCUGCACCCUUUUUGA